UUCCAAGGUAGGUUUAGAAAGAAAUAAAAAAAAAACCCAUAGAAUUAAAUCCGCAAUCAAAUAGAAAAUAAUAAAAAUAAAAACAAGUUUUAAGAAAAAAAAAUAAAAUAUGAAAAUAAACAUACUUAAAAGAAGAAAGUUCUGGAUACGCUCCCUUUCUCGCGCUUCUCCCCUCCUUUUGGGCCCCACACAUCCUUUUUCUCCUUUUUGCCCUUUCAUCUGUUUUUUUUUUAAAUUAUUUUUUCUUUUUUUGUUUGGGAAUUCACGAUCUCUCUCCCUUAUCAAAUAUCAAGUCGUCCGUUCUGACCGGAAGUUUCUAGAACUCCGCACCAAACAGCUCUCCCUCUCUCGGUCACAGUUUCUAUCUGGAUUCAGGAUUGCGUUUAAUCCUCUGACCGCCUGGUUGGUGUGAAAUCGGAGAAGAGACGCGAAUAAACAACCUGAAAACGAAAGAAGCCUCCUUUCUCCCCCAGCUGUAACAAUCUGCGUUCAGAUCCCAUCUGAUUGUCUUUUGGGUAUGUUGUGUUCUUUGCUUCUCCUCUUUCAGCUCCUUCUUGUCUUUUUUGUCUCCUCUUUCUCCUGCGCAGAAAAAUCCCUGCAACUUUUCUUUUCAGACAAAAAUGAUGCUGUUUUUUUUCCCCUCGAGUAACUGAAUCUGAUCUUAUCCUGUGUCGGAAUAUUCCAGUUCCCACGAAGCUCCUUCAGGUCCGGAUCCAAGGCUCAUGCCAGGCGAACAAACCGGAGAAUCUCCGACAACUGCCGGCGGAGAUUCUCAGAGGUCACUGCCGACGCCGUUUCUGACGAAAACGUAUCAGCUGGUGGAUGAUCCGACGGUGGAUGAACUCAUCUCAUGGAACGAAGAUGGAUCCUCUUUCAUCGUGUGGAGACCUGCCGAAUUCGCCAGGGACAUCCUCCCUAAGUUCUUCAAACACAACAACUUCUCCAGCUUCGUUCGUCAGCUCAACACUUACGGUUUUCGGAAAGUGGUUCCGGACCGGUGGGAGUUCUCCAACGACGGUUUCCGGCGAGGAGACGACGAGCUGUACCACGACGCCAGAGCUGAUGGAGGAGAACGAGAGGUUGAGGAAGGAGAAUGUUCAGUUGAGUCACCCCCCCCCCCCGCCGUGACUGUUGCGGCGGUGCCCCUGGCUACCCAUACUAUCUCCCCGUCGAAUUCCGGCGAAGAACAGGUGAUAUCGUCAAACUCUUCUCCAUCGGGAAUUCUCCAGAGGACGACGAGCUGUACCACGACGCCAGAGCUGAUGGAGGAGAACGAGAGGUUGAGGAAGGAGAAUGUUCAGUUGAGUCAGGAGUUGACGAAGCUCAAGGGGUUGUAUGGUGGCAUACAUACCCUGAUGACGAAUUUCUCUGCUGGCCAGGUGGACUGUGAGAACUUGAACUUGAUGCCUGAGGGGAAACCAUUGGAUCUUCUUCCGGGGAGGCAGCAAGCGGUGGCGGUUGCCUCCAGAAUGGAAGAAGGGAUUGGACUGAAUCAUGAUGAUCUGAAUCCAAGGUUGUUUGGGGUUUCUAUUGGGGUGAAGCGGGCAAGACAAGAUGACGAAGUGGUGGCAGACGAUGCAGAGGAUGAGGUUGAGAAUGAGGAGAGGCAGCAGAGGGGAAGAAGGAGUGAUUCUCGGGAGUGGGGACGUGGAUCGGAUGUCAAGUCAGAGCCGAUGGAGGAGGAGAACAAUUCUGAUAAUCGAGAUGGCCCGUGGCUUGAGCUCGGGAAAUGAAAGAGACUAGUAGCGAUUAUUGCCGGGCAGUAAUCCAUUUCUUGGCUCUAACCUCUGGAGAGGGAAAGGAAACCAUUGACAUCGAAUCAGCAGAUACCCAAGAGAUGGCUGCAGCAGAAAGAGGAAAAUGUUAGGUGAAAGGUAGAAAGAAAGCGAAGACGGGAGAAAGAUUCAAUUUGUUUUGAUGUCUCUGGGGAUUGAGGUUCUUGUCUCUCUUUUUUUUUCCCCUCACAAACACAGGUAUAAUCACAGUUCCACCAUCCCAGAGUUGUCCUGCUGUUGCUUCUUGGAUCUUCUUCUCGAUGGAACUGAAACUGCUCCUAACAGUUCCUGAGAAAGCAGGCAGACUUCAAGGCCAAGUCCUCAUACUCUGCCAAGAACACGAAUAUUAGUGUCUUUAGAACAGCAUGUCCUUUGAGGUUUGGGAAGAAAACCCUGUAAAGAACUCCUUUGUACAUGUAAUUUGUUUACGGAGAAAUGAUAGAAUCAGAUGUUGUUUCUA